GGCAAUACGGGUGCCCUGUUUCCGCCCCGCCCCGCCCCACCCCACCCCACCUCACGAUGCCCAGGGAGCAGUGCCGAGGGCUCGGCUCGGGCGGCCCCACAGCAGCACCGUGCGUCUCGGUCGGCGGGCGGCGGUAGCGCCCCCUCGCAGAGCCCGGCUCUCACUCCCACCCUGGCUUCCUCGCGGUCGGUCUGUCGGUCCCGCCCUCCCCCUUCGCUCCCUCCUCCCUCGUGCUCCUCCCGGGGUGCCUGGCACAGCCUCGGAUUCCCUCCUCCCAGCCGUUCGAGUCAGUUUCCCUCUUGGCGGCGGCCGGUAAGGAGGCAGCGGCGGCGGCAGCGGCGGCGGCUCAGGGAUCAUCUCGCCGGCGGCCACCGAGCUGCUCCCGCUGGAGCGGGCGUCCAGCUUGGCUGCCCCUCGGUCCUUCCCUGCCGCGUCUCCCCUGCUCUCCCGCCCCCCACCCCCGAGCUCGCUUUUCUGCGAAGCGGGCGGGGCGCUUGCAGGGUCCCGCCGCCCUCUGCUCAGAUCCCAGAGCAAGCGCUCCCCAGAGCGAGGCGCUCUCCAGGACUCCUGCCCCGCCAACCCUGACCGCCGGGGGGUGCCCCAGGGACGCAGCGCCGCGGAGAGAAGAAGGCAAAGGGGACCAUGCGGCGCCUGACUCGCCGCCUGGUGCUACCGAUCUUCGGGGUGCUUUGGAUCACCGUGCUGCUGUUCUUCUGGGUAACCAAGAGGAAGUUGGAGGUGCCGACGGGACACGAAGUGCAGACCCCCAAGCCUUCCGAUGCUGACUGGGAUGACCUGUGGGACCAAUUUGAUGAGCGACGAUAUCUGAAUGCCAGAAAGUGGCGCGUUGGUGAGGACCCCUACAAGCUGUAUGCGUUCAACCAGCGGGAGAGUGAGCGGACCCCCAGCAACCGGGCUGUCCCUGACACUCGCCAUUCAAGAUGCACCCUGCUGGUGUAUUACACGGACCUCCCGCCCACCAGCAUCAUCAUCACCUUCCACAACGAAGCCCGCUCCACCCUGCUCAGGACCAUCCGCAGCGUAUUAAACCGCACCCCUAUGCAUCUGAUCCAGGAAAUCAUAUUAGUGGAUGACUUCAGCAAUGACCCUGAUGACUGCAAACAGCUCAUCAAGUUGCCCAAAGUGAAAUGCUUACGCAACAAUGAGCGGCAAGGUCUGGUCCGGUCCCGGAUUCGGGGUGCUGACGUUGCCCAGGGGACCACUCUGACUUUCCUCGACAGCCACUGUGAGGUGAACAGGGACUGGCUCCAGCCGCUGCUGCACCGUAUCAAAGAGGACUACACAAGGGUGGUGUGCCCUGUCAUUGACAUCAUCAACCUGGACACCUUCACCUACAUCGAGUCUGCCUCGGAGCUCCGAGGAGGGUUUGACUGGAGCCUCCAUUUCCAAUGGGAGCAGCUUUCACCAGAGCAGAAGGCUCGGCGCCUGGACCCCACGGAGCCCAUUAGGACUCCGAUCAUAGCUGGAGGGCUCUUUGUGAUCGACAAAGCAUGGUUUGAUUAUCUAGGGAAAUAUGACAUGGACAUGGACAUCUGGGGUGGGGAGAACUUCGAAAUCUCCUUCCGCGUAUGGAUGUGUGGGGGCAGCCUAGAAAUCGUCCCCUGCAGCCGGGUGGGGCACGUCUUCCGGAAGAAGCACCCGUAUGUUUUUCCAGAUGGAAAUGCCAACACAUAUAUAAAGAACACCAAGCGGACAGCGGAAGUAUGGAUGGAUGAAUACAAGCAAUACUACUACGCGGCCCGGCCUUUUGCCCUGGAGAGGCCCUUUGGGAACAUUGAGAGCAGAUUGGACCUGAGGAAGAAUCUGCGCUGCCAGAGCUUCAAGUGGUACCUGGAGAACAUCUACCCAGAACUCAGUGUCCCCAAGGAUUCCUCCAUCCAGAAGGGCAAUAUCCGACAGAGGCAGAAGUGCCUGGAAUCUCAAAGGCAGAACAACCGAGAUGCCCCAAACCUGAAGUUGAGCCCCUGUGUCAAGUUCAAAGGCAAGGAAGCCAAAUCUCAGUUGUUUACUAUUCCUGCCUUCACAGAAGAAUUUUUGAACACGAAGCUCUCCACCAUCAGGAGAUGA